AUGGCUACCUUAUUUGCUUUGCUUUCCCUGCCAAAGACCUCGGAGGGCUUAACUGCCCUACGUCCGACAGUAGUCACAGAACAGAAUGAAGGGUCGGCAUCUCCUCCUCGCAAAGUUGCGCGGUUGACCGCCGAUUCUGAUUCUGCUUCUGCUUCUAGAUCAAAGACAACAACGCACAUCGGAGGGUCACUCCAAAUCCGAGUGAUUGGGGAUUAUAAAUCCAAGGAGAAUCCCAAAGAAAAGCAAUUGAAUGUACUCCGAAGAUGUAUCAAAACGAUAUUGACACGCGAACCUGGCCCACACGAUAUCAUCCCUGCCACCUAUGAAAACAUUUACAAUACAUGCCACAGCGUUGUCUCCGACUCCGACUGUGGAGAACAGUUGUACAAUAUUUUGAAGAUUGAACUGCAACAAUCGAUCGGCCAAUUGUCAAGGAACUUAUUGUCGUCUCCUGAGAAAGAAAUGACAUGGCUAUUCUCUUUUAAUGCUGCGUUGAAAUGGCUAGAGACUCAGAUCUCUCUUUUGAUAUCUCUCUUGACAUACUUGGACCAAGUUUAUGUUAUCCGCGAAAAGAAUGUUCAGAGCAUCCACGAUCUCGCCUAUUCGAUGGUUGCCUCAACCAUCUUUGGAAAUGCUCAAGUCAUUGGGAGAAUGCGAAGUGAUGUGAAAUCAUGGCUUAAUUGGGAGCGAGCAAACAAUCGACCCCACCGAGAUCGCGAAGUGAUCCCUGCUCUGAUCGAACAUCUCCUUCGCCAUCACCAGUACUCACCAUUCGAAGAGUAUUACAUUGACAUUACGCGUACUUUUUACCUGGAAGAAUCAUCGUUUAAAUCAGUCGCUCUGAAAGCCGAUCCCCAGCUUUUCUUUGACGAAGCUAGCGCGCGAAUCAGAGAGGAAAUUGAACGCAGCAAUGCUGUUUUACCUGUCGCAACAUGGAGCAUUGUACGAGAGGUAACAGAGAAUUCUCUGUGGAAAGGCAGAUUGGAAUGGCUGGCAAAUGCUACUCUUUCAUCCUACAUGGAUACCAAGAACUUUGAAAAACUGGGUUCCAUGUAUGCACUCUUCUCCAGAGUUGACGGGACGAAAGCUCUGUGCGAUGCAUUCGCAGCACAUAUAAGGACAAGGGUAGCCAACAUUGUCCAAGAUGUCGACAGGGAUGACGAUAUGGUUCAGCGUCUUCUAGACUUCAAGGACGUGGCCGACCAAGCUACUACCCGCUCAUUCUUGGCCGAGAAGAGCCAAGUAACUGUCACGAAUUCUUCCAAUAUUCCCAUCACACCAAUUGCCUCUGCCAGCGAGCUGCCCGCAAAACAGCCUGACCAACAAUUCCUAUACGCGCUGACAGAUGCGUUCACAAUAGGGUUCAAGUCCCGCCGAUCGAAGCCUGCAGAGAUGAUUGCCAAGUAUGUCGACAAAUCUAUGCGUAAAGGGCAGGGAAAACUUAGCGACGCCGAGUUCCAAGACAUGUUGGACAAAGUUCUUGCACUGUAUCGCUAUACGGACGACAAAGAUGUGUUUAGGACAUUCUAUCAUCGAGGUCUUGCGAAGAGGUUGCUCCUGGAGAAGAGUGCCUCAGAUGAUUUUGAAAAGGCUAUGUUGAAGAAGUUGAAAGAGAAAUACGACCCAGAGUUUGGUAUGGGAGAAGAUAUGUUUAAAGACCUUGCUCUAUCAAGGGAGUCCAUUCGCGAAUACCAUAGCCGAUUGCCAGAGGAUAGCCCAGGGCAUAAACUCACGGCCAUGGUCCUGCAAAGGAGCGCAUGGCCAUUUUCUGCCCAGAAAGAUUCUAUCGACCUGCCCCCCGGCAUGCAAGAGGAACUCACGAAAUAUACGGAUUACUACAAAUCAAAGCAUACUGGACAUGUCCUUGCGUGGAACCACUCUCUCGGCACCGCCACUCUGAAAGCAAGGUUCAAUACUGGGGCCAAGGAGCUGACUGUCAGUUUGUACCAGGCUAUCGUUCUGCUUUUAUUCAAUGAAUCUCCCGAAAUUCCGUAUGCUGAUAUCAAAGAGCAAACAAGCAUGGACGAAGCCGAAUUGAAGAGGACUUUGCAGAGUCUAGCUUGCGGGAAGAAAAAGGUUCUUAAGAAGGUUCCGGUUGGAAGGGAUGUCGACGAUACCGACGUGUUCCACUUCAACCCCGACUUCAAGGAUCCUCAUCCUAAAGUACACAUUAACUCUAUUCAAGCGAAAGUCUCGCCCGAGGAAUCUAAGAAGACCAACGCAUCCAUUGAGGAUGACAGGAAGCAUUACCUCGACGCUGCGAUUGUGCGCGUGAUGAAGGCCCGCAAAGAAAUGACCUAUGAACAGCUUAAGGCGGCGACUAUCGACGCGGUCAAGAACCACUUUGUGCCACAAGUCGAAACCAUCAAGAGGCGAAUCGACACCCUCGUGGAGACGGAAUAUCUCGAAAGAAGCGAAACCGAUAGAAGCGUGUAUAAGUAUAUUGCAUAG